CCUCUGCCGCUUCCCGCACGUCUCUCCGCCGCCUCACCUCCGCGCUUACGCUCAAUCCUGCUGCCGCGUUAUAUGACCGUGCCACCCUCCGCCUCGCCCUCCUGUCCGUCCUGCCGCGCGCGCCGCACCCGUCCGCCACGCCCCGCCUAAGUGCCCCGCCCUCCCGCUAGCCUCUGCCCAGCAUGGCCGUCGUCAACAUCCGCCGCGACGUCGAUGACAAGUUCUACCGCUACCGCAUGCCACUGCUGCAGACCAAGAUCGAGGGCCGCGGCAACGGCAUCAAGACGGUGAUCCCCAACAUGUCCGACAUUGCCCGUGCGCUCAGCCGCCCGCCGACGUACCCGACCAAGUUCUUCGGCUGCGAGCUCGGCGCGCAGACGACGUUCGACGAGAAGGCGGACCGCUACAUCGUCAACGGCGCACACCAGGCUGACGCGCUGCGCAAGCUGCUCGACGACUUCAUCGCCAAGUUUGUGCUCUGCGGCAGCUGCAAGAACCCCGAGACGGACCUCAAGAUCAUGAAGGACGGCAUGAUCCUGCGCGACUGCAAGGCGUGCGGCAAGCGCAGCGACGUCGACAUGCGCCACAAGCUCACCACCUUCAUCACCAAGAACCCGCCGCCGAAGAAGGCCAAGGGCGCAAAGGGCGCCGGCAAGGCGGCGGGCCAGAGCGUCGAGGCGCAGGGCGGCGACGACGACGACGCCAAGAGCGACGAGGAUGACUUCACCGCCAAGAUCAACGCCGACGCCAAGGACAUGCCCAAGGCCAACGAGGCCGAGGACGACGCCGACGACGUGCAGUGGAGCGUCGACACGAGCGACGAGGCCGUCAAGGCGCGUGCCGCCGCGGCGCUCGCCAGCUCGCUCAAGGCGAACCUCGUGCUCGGCGACGACGACGAGGGCGAGGAUGACGAGAAUUCGCCAUACAACCAGUUUGGCACCUGGCUCCUCGCCAACCGCACCGGCGGCUCCGAGGGCCGCACGGACCUCGCCAGCGCCGAGGUGUACAAGAAGGCCGUCGAGCUGGGCAUUGAGAAGAAGCACAAGGCCGUGCAGGUGCUCAUCCAGGGCCUCAUCUCCGAGGAUGCGGCCAAGGACGUGGAGAAGUAUGGCGCUGUCAUCGUCAAGAUGACGUCGAGCGAGAAGCACCAGAAGUCGCUGCUGGGCGGCGUCGAGCGCCUCGCGGGCGUCACGUACCCGGAGCUCGUGCCCAACGGCGUGCCCAAGGUGCUCAUGGCGCUGUACCAGCUCGACGCGCUCGACGAGGAGGUCGUGCAGACGUGGGGCACGCACGUGAGCAAGAAGUACGUCGACAAGGAGACGUCUAAGCGCGUGCGCAAGGCUGCUGCGCCCUUCCUCGAGUGGCUCGCCGAGGCCGACGACGACGAUGAGGAGGACAGCGAUCUGGACGACCUGUGAACAGUGGACAUGCCCCGUUCCUGCCUCCUGCACC